AUGCAUACCUCCUACAUUCUCUCGGCAUUCGCCCUCGCACUGCCGGUCUACUCCAGCUCGACCGCCAGCAUGGGCUGCUACUCCGAAGUCGACUCGAUGAAGAGCCAGGGGCCCUUCACCUUCCAAUCACCAGGACAUUGCCAGGAGCAAUGCUCCAGCAAAGGAUUCAAGGUGGCCGCGCUCAGCCGCGGUGACAUGUGCUACUGCGGUGACAAACUUCCUGCCGAGUCCGCCAAGGUCGACGACGACAAGUGCGAUCUGACCUGCCCCGGAUGGCCGGAAGAAAAAUGCGGCGGCAAGGAUACCUACACCAUCAUCCAGGGAACCGAAGUAGCCGGCUCCGAUAAGUCCGAGUCUGCCUCGACGACCGCGGCGCCCACCGCCGUCACCGCCGCCGGUGGAAUCGUUGUCGCGCCCUCAACUGCUGCCGCACCAACCGGCAUCGUGACCGCCGCCUCAUCCGCCAACUCCAAGAACGCCAAUUCCGCCUCCAAGUCUGCCGGCUCCGCAAUCUCGACUGCCAAGUCAAGCGCCAGCCCAACUCCCACCGACAACGCUGCCGGAUCUAUUCGCGUUGGCUCGUCUUUCAUCGGCGCCGCCAUUGCGGGCAUGGGUUUGUUGCUGUGA